AUGACGAGCUCUGCCAAGCCCGAUGAUGUAUCUACCGCAACUCCGGGGUGGACGGUCGAGUACAUCAUGGAUGUGGAUCUUCAGAGUAAAGACGGUACCGAUAUUCCUAUUUAUAACAAGACUCUCCGAUACAUGGGGCAGACUGGCAACAAAAUGUAUCUGGGGCAGCAGUAUGGCCGACCAUCAGAGCGGUUCGUUGCGGAGAAGGAGGACUAUUGGUUGUUUCACAUUCAUUCUCAUGCCGCCGAGUUUGAGAUUGCGAUUGGAGGAGAGAGACCCCAGUUCUAG